UAUCAUCAACUUUCGUACAUUUCACAACAUCUACAGUAUUUGUUUGUUAUCUAUUUUCGGGAGCCCAAAAGAGAUUUCGAAGAAACUUCGCGGAACAAUUACUACGAAGGAAUUCCGAUACGCCAUUAUUUUUUAUUCAGGUACUAUUUCGAAACCCUAAUUUUCUUCGAUUACCCCCACAAAAAACCCUAAUUUCUGAAGCUGCGAUCCCCCAGUAAAUUCGCGGGUUUGCUCAUCUUCAUCGAAUUUCUUCAAUUUAUAGCUACGUUUGAUUCAUUACAAUCCUGCAUUCUCAUAUACUACGUUCGAAUCUCCGUCAAAUUCGAAGACUAGGGUUUCGUUGGUUAUUCAUCGAAACCCCAGGCUUAUUACUUUUUGCAUAUUAGGGUUCGAAUUCACCAUUCUGUAGAUAAUAUUUGAUAGUAGGGUUCGAAUUCACCGUUCUGUAUAUGAUAUUUGAUAUUCUGACGAUAAAGAUUAGAAAUGAAGGCAAUAGUUUGUGCUCGUAAUAAAAGACGUCCUCAAUUUCGGCGGAUUUUAAAUGGAUUUUGCACCCUAGUCCUGAUAAUCUUCUUUUAUAACCAAGAAGAUAUCUUGAGGAAUCCACUCCUGAGGCAAUCGUCUUUGAACUCCGAUCGUCCAUGGAGAUCAAGAAGUGGGUUUUAUGCUGGGGUGAGCGAUACGAUGGUUACUCACCGGAAAAUGGUUGAAAUUGGUGUUAAUUCAUCAGAUUCGGUUGGUGGGUCUGGUCAAGAUGAAGAUUUGGCUGUAAAUAACCCUGAAUUUUGUGCUGGAUUGUUAGAACAUGAAGGUCACAAAAGCCACUGCGAGUUCUUGAAAGCGCAUCCACAAUGCUCCUCAGGUGGAUUCUUUGAUUACUUAAAGUUCUUUUACUGUGAUUGCCAGGAAAGUGCAUUGGCUUAUGUAGUAUUGGGUAUAUGGCUUGCUGCAUUGUUCUAUCUCUUGGGUAACACUGCAGCUGAUUACUUUUGCUGUUCUUUGGAGAAGCUCUCAAGUCUACUGAGGCUGUCUCCUACAGUUGCCGGGGUUGCUCUCCUUCCUCUUGGAAAUGGAGCUCCUGAUGUGUUUGCAAGUAUUGCUGCUUUUGUGGGGAGAGGUGCAGGAGACGUGGGUCUUAAUAGUGUGUUGGGUGGGGCAGUGUUUGUUACUUGCAUUGUUGUUGGAACUGUUUCUUUUUGUGUGGCGGAUCAGGGAGUUCAGAUUGAUAAAAAAUGCUUUAUUAGGGAUGUUAGUUUCUUCAUCUUUACUCUAGUUUCACUUUCGCUGAUAUUGGUUGUCGGUAAGGUGAGUGUUGGUGCAGCAAUUGUGUUUGUCUUGAUUUAUGUCAUUUAUGCCUUUGUGGUUGCUGCUAAUGAGAUUUUGAGGAACCAUGCCCGGAGGUUGAAAUUGGAUGCUGUUACACCAUUGCUUCCAGUCAGAGGAAGUAUUUUUUCUCAUGGGAACCCAGAGGAUGAUUCUGUAUACAGCUCUUUGCUUGAAGUUGACACUGAAAGUGAUUCAAACCAGUCCCGUGGUUCCUUGCCACAGUGGAUGUGGGCUUCGAAUGUAGCAAUAUAUUCAAACCAGCCACUGAAGGCGCCAGAUGGUGAGGGGCCUUUGUGGGGUUGGAAUGAUGAAGGAAUUGACACAGACAGCACAUCGUUCUCAUGUUCGAAACUGUGUUCACUAAUGGAGUUGCCUUUGACUGUGCCAAGACGGUUAACAAUUCCCUUAGUUGAGGAGGAAUCUUGGUCAAAGACAUAUGCUGUAGGCAGUGCUUCAUUGGCUCCCAUUCUUCUGGCGUUUCUGUGGAAUACUCAAGAUAACGUGAGUUCUCAAAGCAAAAUAAUAGCAUAUUUUCUUGGUGUUUCAAUUGGUUGUACGCUUGGUGUUUUUGCAUACCGGUAUACUAGAUCGGAGCAUCCACCUCAGAAGUUUUUGCUUCCUUGGGUUUUAGGGGGUUUUUUUAUGAGUAUUGUUUGGUUCUACAUGAUUGCAAAUGAGCUUGUUGCUCUGUUGGUAGGAUUAGGUGUAAUUCUCGGUAUCAAUCCAUCAAUCCUUGGAUUGACCGUAUUGGCAUGGGGCAACUCAAUGGGUGAUCUGGUGUCAAAUGUUGCGUUGGCCAUGAAUGGUGGCGAUGGUGUGCAGAUUGCCAUGUCUGGAUGCUACGCAGGUCCAAUGUUCAACACACUUGUUGGUUUGGGGUUCUCAAUGUUAAUUGGAGCCUGGUCAGCGAAACCUGGUUCAUACAUAGUUCCGCGUGACACCAGCUUGUUUUAUACUAUGGGAUUUCUCAUGUUGGGACUUGUCUGGGCACUUGUUCUUCUUCCCAGGAAUGACAUGCGUCCUAGCAGGAUGCUUGGAGCAGGCCUUAUUACACUCUAUUUGAUAUUUCUAUCUGUUAGGGUGAGCUGUGAAAUUGGAAUCAUAUCAUUAGCAGGUCUAAGUUGACAUUUGGCACAGGUCAUACUCUUAUGAAGUGCAGGUGAACUUAGCAGAUUUAUUCAGGGAGGUGGAGUAUUCAGACUGAUCAACUGGUUAUCUUGAACUCUAUCUUACCGAGGGCCUGGAGGACUAAAAAUUCUUGUGGUGACCACUGGCCGCUUCUUAUACUGACAUGAGAUUUCUAUAUAUAACGAAAGACAUGUUGUAGUUUGUACUCAUGCAUUUAGAGCAUUAUGUAACCUUGUUACCUGUAUUUUAGGUUCCGAAGGUUUGUGUAAAAAUUACUUGGGCAUUAUGUUGAAUAAAAAUUACUUGGGUCCAUUUCGUUGUUUGUGCUUCCUUUGAGUGGUUGGCCUCUAUUAACUCCCGCAUUUUGUUGAGGACUCUUGAUAUGGCUAUAGCAGGCUCAUAAUCUUUCACAGGUUUUCAAAUCUUAUAUUACCAGUUUGUUGUACAAGUUUGCAUAUUUGUGUCUGUGCAUGUAUCCGAGGUUGUUCUUAAAUCUUACUAGUAAUAUAAAUUUUGAGUUUGAGUAA